AUGUCUGAGGCCCCAACAACACCAAUUACAGAAAAGGAGCCUUCUUCAGCCAUUUCAGCUCAGCAGCAACAAGUGCGCACUGAAACCGCUAAUGGGUCUUCCUCAUCAUCCCUCACCUCCACUACCAAGGUUUAUCCUCCGGCCACGGCUAAGUAUGAGGAAGUCGUUCAAAGCUCUGACCUUUUCUGGGAAAAGCUCAAGGAGUUUCACGAUUCUUUCAGAACCAAAUUCGUGAUACCUACCGUAGGAGGAAAAGCUCUGGAUCUACAUCUCCUUUUUGUGGAAGUCACAUCUCGUGGUGGACUUGAAAAGGUGAUUAGAGAUCGCAAAUGGAAGGAAGUGAUUGUGGUCUUCAAUUUCCCAACAACAAUUACCAGCGCUUCAUUUGUCUUGCGGAAGUACUAUUCGUCUUUGCUCUAUCACUUUGAGCAGGCCUAUUAUUUCCACAAAGAAGUUUUUAGCAUCCCAGUGCUUGAACCUCUUAGCAGGAACCUUUUGAAUGGGUCAGCCACCCUGGAGGAAGGUGCCAGUAGAAACCAGUUUCCAGGUCAGGAAAGCUCAGAAGUGCAGCUUGGCUGUUCAAUCAUGGGAAGCAUAGAUGGGAAAUUUGACCAUGGAUAUUUGGUUUCUGUGAACUUGGGUUCUGACGAGCUGAAAGGUGUCUUGUAUCAUGCUCCUACAUAUGUUUCUCAGAGUUUUUCGGACAUGCCCACCCGACGGAAUCGAAAGAGGUCCAGGUUGGCAUUACGUGAUCCCUCUCGGCCCAAGUCAAACAGGAGCGGGUACAAUUUCUUCUUCGCUGAGCAUUAUGCCAGAUUAAAGCCUUUGUACUAUGGACAAGAGAGAGCCAUCAGCAAGAAAAUUGGGUUUCUAUGGAACAAUCUCACAGAGGCUGAGAAACAGGUAUAUCAGGAAAAAGGGAUGCAGGACAAGGAGAGAUACAGGACCGAAAUGCUGGAAUAUAAAUCUUCCGGCAAUUUAACACAACAGUAG